ACAACUUUGUCAGUUUCGACAUUUUAUAAAUUGAUAAAACUUUUAUUUCCUUAAUGGUUUAUAUUUGUUAUUCCAAUGAAGACGAGACUAAAAAGUAGUCUCUAAUGAAAAUAUUAAACUCCUGAUUGGAGUCAGUUGUCUUUGAGCAGUAGAAGAAAUUAGUAAGAAAACAAUUCAAGUGUUUCCGAUAUGGCACGUUUCUGUUUUUCUUCUCGGUAUCAAUACUUGUUCAAAAAUUACUGCAACGUUCUUGGUGGGACUAGUUUCCGAAGUCAUACUCAACUGUCAGAAAAUUUGUAUAAAGAACGAGCUACUUUCCAUAAAACUAUUUAUUGUGAAAAGUAUUACUCUUCUACAUCAGGUUUAAGUGAUGGAAACAUAUUUAAAAGUCAUAUAAGUGAAAUUCCGGAUUCUAAUGGUUUGUUACUUCAUGAGUAUCUCUGGCAAAAUGCUGGAAAAUGGUGGGAUAAAACAGCCCUGGAGUGUGCAGAGACUGGACGAUCAUAUACUUAUGGACAAUUAAAGAGAUUAAGUGGACGAUUGGCUACAUCUCUAAGGAAAAAUAACCUCCAACCUGGUGAUACUAUUGCAGCGAUUCUCCCUAAUGUACCUGAAUAUGCGAUAAUCUUCUUAGGAGCUAGUGAAGCUGGUUUAAAGUUAACUGUGGUAAACCCUCUGUACACAGUGAGAGAAAUAAAAAGGCAAUUAGUUAUCUCUGAUUCGAAAGCUGUCAUUACCAUGCCUUUCAAAUACUCAACUGUUACAGAAAGUAUCAGUGAUAAUAAAUCGAUUAAAUUACCAAUAAUAAUGAUUGAAGAUGGAACAGGACCAGUACCAUCAGGUACAAUUAAUUUCAAAGACUUGAUAUCGGAUAAUGUUGAAGAGUUUGAAAAAACGGGGCAAAAAACAGAGCAAAAUCCGAAUGAGGAUGCAUUUCUUCUACCUUGUUCUAGUGGGACUACAGGGCUUCCCAAAUGCAUUGAACUUACUCAAAGAAACCUAAUUAUGAAUUGUUUACAAUUAAAAGCAGAACAUGAUUUCUUAUUUCCAUUAACUUCGAAAACUCAUCAAGAAAUUGUGCCAUUAUUUCUGCCGCUAUUCCAUAUCUAUGGAAUAUCGAGUAUAAUGAAUACAUAUCUCAGUAUUGGAGCAAAAUUAAUUUUCAUGCCACAGUUUUCUUCAUCGAAACUGUUACAAGUUUUAGAGACAAAUGAAGCAACAGCUUUAAUGCUUGUACCACCAAUUAUUCAACUGUUAAUAAACAAUGAAAACUUUACCCCGCGACACAUGAGAAACAUUAGAUUGGUGUCAUCAGGAGCAGCACCAACAAGUCAAACAAUGGUAGAAGAGCUAAUAAAACAAAGUAGAAAAUUAUUUUUCUAUGGUUUAGGAUACGGCUUGAGUGAAACUAGUCCGCUCAUUUCCUUUAGCGUAAAAGCUCCGAAUGAAUCUUCAGGAUUAAUAAGACCUAAUACUCAACUGAGAAUUGUCGGAUGCAAUGAUGAAGAUAAAAACAAGAAUUUAGGAAUAAAUGAAGUUGGAGAGAUAUUUGUAAAAGGACCACAAGUCAUGAAAGGAUAUUAUAAAAAUUUACAAGCUACUCAAGAGUGUAUGGAGGGUGAAUGGUUCAAAACUGGUGACCUGGGACUUAUUGAUGAUCAAGGUUUUCUGUACAUAAAAGGACGACUUAAAGAACUGAUCAAGGUUCAGGGCUACCAGGUAGCUCCUGCUGAACUCGAAGACGUUAUUCUAGGUCAUGAAAAAGUCGCUGACGUAGCAGUCAUUGGAGUACCACACGAACGAUACGGAGAAAUACCCAAAGCCUUCAUCGUUCCUAAACCUAAUAUGCGUAUCGACGAACAAGAGUUGAAAGAAUUUGUAGCAAAACGUGUUGCUAAAUAUAAACAUCUUGGCCACAUUACUAUCACUGAUACAAUUCCUAAAAGUCCCGCUGGAAAAAUAUUACGAAGGGAACUGCAAAAAAUCUAAUGAACAUUUGUCAUACAGCAAUUGUUUCAUUCUAUGAUUUAAUUGUAGUCAACAAAUUCAGACUAGUAAUAGUAAAUAAGUCACUUAACUUUUAAAAAUUUAACAAUGUAAAAAAACUAAAAAUAAAAAAAAUU